AUGGAGCUGCUCCAUGAACAGCUACACUCAACGCUCAGGAACAUCAUGUCUCUAUUGAAGCAGAAGUUUACCGCCUGCUCGAGCAUGCAAUGCGUAUGGAAUACCGCAGUGGGCGAAGUGUCACCUAUCGCAAACCUCCUUGUUGCUCACUUCAAGCAUCACAAGAAGCUGGUUAGCGGAUGCAGGGAAGGAGACGCUCAGUCACCUUGUUCAGCGGUCAUCGAAGGCGAGCCUCCGGACGAACGACCCAUGAUCGAAAGUGAAAAUUCACAUGAUGAUCUUGAGGGAGCGCGUAUCACGCCCGCUGCGCCCGCUGCGCCCGUAUCAACCACACAGCCUUCCGCCUCUCCCCAACCUACCACUCGGGCUGUUACUUCUCCGGUACCUACGUAUGUCCAAGCUUCUUCCGCCUCCUCAUCCGCCACCCAUGCCAGUGCCACACCCUCGGCAACCGACCAUCACGGCCUUCCACACACACGUCCUUACGACGAACAAAUCGCACUACAACGCAAACUAGGCCUUGCGAUCAUACUCCUUGUUCUGCUGGUCAUAGUGUCGGGCGUUGUCAUUCGGGCGAUCAUCAAAUUCCGAGAUCCACGACGACGAGCUGAACGUGCCGCUCGAUGGGAGGAGUGCCGCACGAGGAGGCUCUAUCGCAAAGCUGCAUGCAAACACAAGUGGAGGACAUUCUGGAAGAACCUUUGUACGCGCAAAGCAGGCACAGAGGACUAUGAAGAAAAGAGAGCGGCACUUCUGGAGCAGGACGGCGGGCUCGAAGACGAUGACAGCGGCCUAGAGAAAGAAGUCCGCACGAUGCAGCACGCCACAGAUUUCGUGAGAGAUCUCGUUCAAGCUGAAGAGGGUCGAGCAAGGAACGUUCGAUCAAUCCACAGUCAUCCGGACGGUUUCGAGCCGGCUGUACUUGGUGGAGGCGUGGGAAGCAGCCGAUCUUCUGACAUUGCUCCAUCCUAUAAAACAGAUGUGACUCCGCCUCCCCGAUAUGAGGAAGAGCUUGAAGGCGAGAUGAUUGUCGUCGACGGAUUCCGAUACACAUAUACGCCCAGCAAUACGGAUGAUACGCCGGAAAGCAGCAUUGUUGACUGCAGUCCCCGGCUGAGUCUCGAGACGGGAAGAUCAACCAUUCUCACCAAGGACACGCAAGAUUGA